CUUCACCUCCACGUUCACGAUGAAGCAGUUGGUUCUUCUUCUCUUGGCGGUCUUUGCCGCUGCCGAGCGCAAGAGAUACGAUGGGUACCAGGUGAAACGAGUGUUCCCGAAAGACUCGGUGGGCCUGGAACACCUGGCCCAGAUGCGCCUGGAUAUCCGUCUCGAUUUCUGGACGGAAGUGCGAAAGCCUUCCACGGACAUCAUGGUGCCUCCCGAGGUGGUCGAGGAACUGGAAGGGCGACUCGGGGAACUCGACCUUCCUUUCUUGACUAUCAUCCGUGACGUCCAGAAACUUUCAGACGAACAGAAGGUGGCAGAGCCAAACGAAGAUGGGACUCCCAGGGCUAUGGAUUGGACAUCUUACCAUCGUCUCGUUGACAUCCACGGAUACUUGGACCAACUGGCGGAGGACUACCCAGACAUGGUGACUGUGAUGAGCAUCGGGUCCAGUUUCGAAAACCGAGACAUGAAGCUGGUCAAGGUUUCCACGGGAACGGCUUCGCAGAAGAUGUGGAUCGAUGGAGGUAUCCAUGCUCGAGAAUGGAUCUCCCCGGCCGUUGUGACCUACAUCCUUCGAGAGUUGGUGGAGAACUACGAAGAAAACAGGGAUGUCGUGGAUCUUUUCGACUGGUACCUCCUCCCGGUCCACAAUCCUGAUGGAUACGAAUACAGCCACACCAACGAGAGGUAUUGGAGGAAGACGCGAUCGGUGACGGAAUCCUCAUGUCGAGGAGUAGAUCCCAACCGAAACUGGGACUUCCAUUGGAUGGAGAGCGGAGCGAGCCAGAAUCCCUGCAGCGAGAUCUACGCGGGGCCGAUUCCAUUCUCGGAGAGCGAGACGAGCUCCGUCGCGGAAUUCCUCUUGGAUGAAAACGCGGACCGGACCUUCCAGGGAUUCCUCACCGUCCACUCCUAUGGCCAAUAUUGGCUGUGUCCGUGGGGCUAUGAUGCGAUCUAUCCCGAAGACUACGAUCUGCUGGAAGAAGCCGGCAUGAUGGGCGUCGACGCUAUAGAGGCCGUUUUUGGAACCGACUACAUAUUUGAUACCUCGGCUAUAGGUUUAUCUCCGGCGGCCGGCGGGUCGGACGAUUGGGCCAAGGGAGUCGGGGAGAUCCAGUACUCCUACACGCUGGAACUGCGAGACACUGGCUUCUGGGGAUUCGAACUCCCUGCCAGCCAGAUCAUCCCAACCGGCCAGGAGACCUGGGAAGGCGUGAAGGCCUUUGCUAGAUAUUUCCAAUAAACGUGUAUUGGCUAUGCUGA